UACUUCACCAACUCAUGGUUACAACCUUCGAUGUUAAACAAUACCAUUGCUCGUGUUCACAAAAUAAACAUCCUUAUCACGUGAUCGGGGGGUUUGACUUAGGAACUGCGCACUUACGAUUACAGGGUUGGAGCUACACGGGAGCCUACCGUCUGCAAAUACACCCUUCUCGACCAAACGGCCAGAUAAAAGCGCUUCGGUUCGGAUCGGAAACAGGAAUUACCUUCAAAAUGAGCAUCGGUCAUCAAAUAAAGUCGAAUAGCAUGACGCAGCCUCCUUUUUUUAGUGGUUCCCUGGAUGAGAAAAAGAGGACUCUGAACUCUGAGCCAGUGCAUCUCAAUUCCUGUGGAAGCAGUGGGAUCUUGGAUGAAAAAGGCAAGAUAAACGGGGCUGUCAACAAGAUUCUCCAGCCAUUCAGACUCUCCCAGCAACAGCUUUGUGAAAUCUCCACCCGCCUGCUCAAGGGCAUGGAGAAGGGACUGAAGAAGCAGAACAACUCUGAUGUCACCAUCAAGAUGAUACACACAUUUGUGAGGCACACAGCAGAUCGCACAGAGAAUGGAGAUUUCCUGGUGCUGCAUGUAGAUAAAAAUGUAAAGGUGAUGCUGGUGGAACUAUUGGAAGAUGGAGAGAUAGCUAAGGUGAAAGGGAAAAAAAACUAUGACCUUCCUCGGGAUAUUCUGCGUGGCACAGUGACGCAGCUCUUUGACCGCCUAGCUGACUGUCUGUACCGGUUUCUGGACUCCCAGGGUAUUAAAGACCAGAAGCUACCCUUGGGCUUCUCCUUCGCCUACCCCUGUGAGAAGGGUGCAAUGAUUGAAUGCAAAAAGGAACUCGAGAUCCCUGAAUUGGAGAAUAAGAAUAUAAUCUCAUUGCUGAACGCAGCUAUCAGCAAAAGAGAGGAUUUCAACAUUGGUUAUGCAUUUUUGGUUAAUAAUGUUGUUGCAACUAUGAUGAGCUGUGCGUACCAUGAUCUCAGCUGUGAGAUUGGCCUCAUUGUAGAUGAUGGGACAAAUGCAUGUUAUAUGGAGGAGCUGUGUAAUGAGGAGGGAGUCAAGGAGUCUGUGUGCAUAAACACUGAGUGGGCUGCGUUUGGAGAUGAUGGUGUUCUUGGUGACUUCAGGACCAAUAUUGAUAAAGAGCUAGAUCUGAAGUCUCGCAAACCAUUUAAAAGCACCUUUGAGAAGAUGAUCAGUGGGAUGUACAUGGGGGAGAUUGUCCGUCUCAUCCUGGUGAAACUGGUUAAUGAGAAGCUUCUAUUCCAAGGACUGACAACCCCAGUCCUGCUCGAGAAGGACAGUUUCAAAACACAGCACAUUUUUGAAAUUGAGAAAGAUGCAGAGGGCUUGGAUAAAGCCAGUGAGAUUUUGAAAAGCCUGGGACUGCAGCCCAGCCGUGAGGACUGUGAGGUGGUCCAGCAGGUCUGCAUCGCUGUGUCGACUCGCUCCGCUCAUCUCUGUGCAGCCGGCCUUGCAACCAUCGCCAAUCGCAUCCGCAACAACCGCGGCCUGCGCCAUUUCGACACCACCGUGGCGGUGGAUGGGACAGUCUACAAUGAACACCCCAAGUUCAGCCAACGGUUGCAAGAAGCUCUUAAAUUGCUGGCUCCGGAGUGUGAUGUCUCCUUUAUGCCCCGAGAGGACAGCAGUGGGAUAGGAGCUGCAAUUGUAGCGGGCAAGGAACUACGGAAGAGAAAGCGUGGUCUGGUUUGAUCCAGCCUUAAUGAAAUCAGAAUUUGCAAGCUGUAUUACUGCACAGAAAUAAUGGAAUAAGCCUUCUUGAUUCUCUCCUGCAGUCCCAGUUGGGGUUAUAAUUGUCCCAGUUGGUGAAUUUGUCUACUCAAUUUGGGUACCAAGAAAAUAAAAAAUGAAACGUUUAAUGUCUAUGAAUAUAUUAUUUUUAUUAUUUCUACAUUGUCUAAUUGUAUAAUACUUUGGAAUGAGUGAUGUAAUAAUACUGUAUGGAGCUUAUUUGUCACAGUUAAAAACAUGACUUGCUAUGAUAAUGCUAUGUCCUGUUCCCUUGGCUGCACAAAUGCAGUUUGUUUUUUUGCUUUUAAACUUUCAUUUCGCUUUUACCAAAAUCCAAUUGGAUAUCAGAAACAUCCCUACUUUAUAUGUAUUACUGUACUGAUUUAAUUUUAAUAAAGCUGUUAUCACUGACUUGUAUGUGUUCUAUUAUUCACAUAAAAUGUAUGUAUUUUUUAGGCACAACUGCCCACAGGGUUUAAUGUACUGCAUUAUGAGCAGCCCCCCACACAUA